AUGUUCCAGCCAAACCCUCAAGACCAUCUUCAUCUGCGCCUUCACAGGGCACGGUCGGUCAUCUUGACCGCCGAAGAACUCGUCGAGAUCCGCGCCGCCCAGCGGACCUUUGAGGGCGCCUACAUGCGCACCGCCCUCUCGCAGUUCUCCUUCGCCCUCAUCAUCCUCAAGAUCUUCACGUCCGAGUUCUACGCCAUCGGCGCCCUCUUCGCCGUCUACGGCGCCGCCGUCAUGCUCGUCGCAAUCUACCGCCGCCACGAGGGCAACCGCCAGUUCUUCACCUCCCCCAAGGAGGACGCCGACGGCUCCGUCUCCGUCGUCCGCAAGUUCCGCACCUCGGGCAACAGCGUCGCCCUGCUCACCGUGCUCAGUCUGGCGGCGUACGUGACGCUGUUGGUCCUCACGUGGCAGCUGGUGCAGUGA